AUGGAUGCAGCUCUGGCUCCUCCACGACUCCAGGGCAUCCGCAUUUUAAAUUGCAUAGACAACUGGCUGAUUCUAGCUCAGUCUCAUGAGCUUGUGCUUCGACAUUGGGAUGUUGUCCUAGCUCAUCUCGAAUUUCUGGGGUUGAGUCUCAAUGCCAAGAAAAACAUUCUCUCAUCCUCCUCCUUCUCAGAGGACAACAUAUUUGGGGGUUGUAUGGGAUUCGAUCAUGAUGCAGGCACAACUGUUCCCUGUCUCAUGGCAGCUUCAUCCGCAGUGAUACCUUUGGGGCCUUUUGCACAUGAGAUCGUUUCAGUGUUGUGGGCUCAGAGCCAGUGGAUUUCAUCCAAGGGCCAAUCCCCAGAGGCGAAUAAGGGUUACGCUCCAGGGGCUUCAUACCCUAUCAAUGUGGUUCAGAGGUCGGUUUCUGACUUUGGGUCCAGCUCUAGCUCCGUGUUGUCAUCGCAAGAUGCUAACGACAGACGCUUCCCUCACGAGUUGGGGGUGUGGGCUUGGAUGGCUAUCCAGCCCAAGGGAUCUGAAGAGGUCAUCUUCUUGAAUGGAAACAUCAGUUUGCCUCGAAAUGAAGGCUUCUUUCAGGACCGUAAGCUGACGAAGGUGGAGAGGCAGCGCUUUAAAGAGGAGGCUGAGAUGUUGAAGGGUCUCCAGCACCCAAACAUCGUGCGCUUCUAUGACUUCUGGGAGUCUCCGCUGAAGGGGAAGAAGUGCAUCGUGCUGGUGACAGAACUCAUGACGUCAGGCACGCUCAAAACGUAUCUGAAGCGCUUCAAGGUGAUGAAACCCAAAGUGUUGCGCAGCUGGUGUCGUCAGAUCCUCAAAGGCCUGCACUUCCUGCACACACGCACUCCUCCCAUCAUCCAUCGGGACCUGAAGUGUGACAACAUCUUCAUCACGGGGCCCACGGGCAGCGUGAAGAUCGGGGACCUGGGUCUGGCCACGCUCAAAAGAGCCUCCUUCGCCAAGAGUGUGAUCGGUACGCCGGAGUUCAUGGCUCCAGAGAUGUACGAGGAGCACUACGACGAGUCCGUGGACGUCUACGCUUUUGGCAUGUGCAUGCUGGAGAUGGCCACGUCUGAGUACCCAUAUUCAGAGUGCCAGAACGCCGCUCAGAUCUAUCGCAAGGUCACCAGCGUAAGUCACACCGCACUUGAGCCCUUUCUAGUGUUCUUACUUUAUAAUAAGGUGAUGGAUCCUGAGGUGAAAGAGAUCAUUGGCGAGUGUAUUUGUCAGAAUAAGGAGGAGCGUUACUCCAUCAAGGAGCUGCUGAAUCACGCCUUCUUCGCGGAGGUCACCGGCGUGAGGGUGGAGCUGGCGGAGGAGGACGACGGCUUGAAGACGUGCAUCGCGCUGAAGCUGUGGGUGGAGGACCCUCGCCGGCUGAAGGGCAAGUACAGGGACGCAGGAGCCAUCGAGUUCAGCUUCGACCUGGAGAAGGAGGUCCCUGAAGCCGUGGCGCAGGAGAUGGUUGAGUCUGGUUUCUUCCAUGAGAGCGAUGCAAAGAUAGUGGGUAAGUCUCUGCGUGACCGAGUGGCUCUGAUCAAGUGGCGCAGGGAGAGGACGGUGCCGAGGGCCUCACAGGCCGUGCCCGGCGGGACGGUACCCAUCCUCUGUGAACCGCCCGGUCUGCUGGAGCCUGAAGAGCCGGAGGUGGAUCAGCAUGUGCACGUGUGUCCACUCAGUGCCAGGACCGCCUCCACCACAUCUGACAGUGGCAUCGGUUCAACUGUGUACUCGGACUCCCACGGCAGUGGUUCUCACAGUGUCAUAUACCAGUCUUUACAGGAAUCUGUCUCCACCGCAACCCAGGAGGGUGCACGUCAUGAAAGCUCUUCUGUAAAUGAGUUAAUCAGAAGUCACGAGUGUCUCCGUUUCCUGCUCCGACCCACGAGUCCUUCCUCCUCUCCAAUACCACGAGACCAAGCAGAGAUGACAGAAGAUGCACUCGGAAGUUCUUGCUCUGGAAAUUUGCUGCACGUUCCUUGUCCUGUUACGACUCGUCGCUAUAGCGACACAUCAGUGGGGCCGUCCUCUGAGACGAAAGGGGAGGAGUCUGUCUCCAUUGCAAAGCAGGGGCGUCGGCUUUCUUUAAGCCCCACCCCUCACCAGCCGCCGUCCCCGUGUCAGGCCUGCCGAUCGUUAUUCCUGCUUGGGACAUGUGCAGAUAGAAGACAUUCACCCUUUUCUUCAUUUAUACUUCCUCACAUCCCUGAUGUCCACAGGGGCUCCUUCAGUGAGACCUCUGACCUCUCCCAGCUUAACAAAUCUCUGGAGAGCAUCACAGGCCACAAACAUCAGCCAGCUCCUGCCUUUCUGAGAGCCCCGCCGAUGAAGUCCGAAAGAGGGCAGUACCGGCCUGCCCGCAGCCACAGUGAUGAGGGCCACGCCGUGGAGUCGCCUCGUGAUGAUCUGACAUCCCGUCGCAGAGCCAGUUUUUGUGCUGGCAUGUCUUCUGUUCUGAGAGCCCAAAGCCUGGCUGCAACGGCCGCAGCUCAGCACAUGCAGAUGUUCCCUCCUGCCCCCUCAGAGACCCCUUUGCUGGCCGCCGAACAGAUUCUGUCCACUCCCCAGCCACUGGGACUUCUGCAGGGCGUCUCGACUGCACCACAAACCGUGAAUCCACAGCAGCUUGCAUCUACAAGUCUGACUGCAGAGUCGAACGCGCAGGCCCAUGUUCACCGACCUGCAGCGUUGCAUCAGCCUGCCUCAGUGCAACAGAGUUCCACGCAUCCAAGUUACCAUCCUGCCACAGCAGAGCUAGCCAAUGCACAGACACUUCCAACCCAUCAACCAACUGUGAAUGCCACAACUGAUGGGCAACACCGUGACUUCUCAAAAGUGCAGCAAACUGCUCCUGUGCAGCUUAGCCAGACAGGCCCUGCACCAUCUGUACCACAGCUCUCCAUUCAGACACAGCUAAUGGACAGCUGGCAGCAAGUAGGUCAGUCCACCUCCAGUCUGACCCAAACCAUUCCCCCUCCACAGGCGCCAGCUUAUCUCACACAGUGUCCUUCUCUAAACACAGCUCAAUCAUUUGGGAGCCCUCUACCUGGAUGUGACUCGCACCCCGCCAGCUUUCCCUCUGUGCAGUCGUCCCUCAGUCUGCCCGUCCCGACACACCCCCACAUCUCACCAGUGUCAUUUCCCACAGUGCACCAGUACCAGCAGGCCUACUCUGUUGCUCAGCAGCCUGCCUCUAUGUGUGUAGGAGUCCCUCCCAGUAAACAAGCUCCGCCCACUCAGGGAACCUUGACCAGCCAGCACCAGACUGUUCAUGUGGACCAGAACUGUUCCGGUAGCUCUGAUUACACCCGUGUCUCUCAGAAAAUAACACACUUGACUCCUGCCCAGAGCUCCCACAGCAGUCAUAAUGCCCCUCAGCCUCCCACAGUACCACAGCUCUCACCCUUCAGACCCGUCCUCGACACAUCCGGCUCUGCUGUGGAACAAAACCAGCCUCAUCAGCAUGUCAGCCAAGCAUCUUUACCCACCGUCCCUCAUGCUGGAGCCGGUGCCAGCCUGAGUCAGCAGAAGCAGCUGGGCAGCGGCGGAUGUGGAGGAACCUCCAGUGAAAUAUUCACAGAGGAGCAUGUUCCUGAUAAACAGGCAGCACCAGCUGGGUCCACUUAUGACAGUAUAAACUCAGAUGGCACAUGCGGUAAAGAGCUGAGCGAUGGGAAUGAGGCUUCCAGCAGGGCUCGCAGUGAAUCACGAGUGCGAAAAAACAAUCGCAAAUUGUCCCGCACGCGCUCCCGCCAAGACAAGAUCAACAGAACCAAACUCACCAUGAUCAAAGUGUGUGACACAGGAGACAAGAUGGUGGAGUGUCAGCUGGAGACUCAUAACCAUAAGAUGGUGACGUUUAAAUUUGACCUUGACGGAGAUGCUCCAGAGGAGAUUGCCACAUAUAUGGUUGAGAAUGAGUUUAUUCUGUUGCUGGAGAGGGCGGUGUUCAUCGAGCAGCUGAAGGAGAUCAUGGAUAAAGCAGAGGACAUUCUGAAUGAGGACGCUGAGGGAAACAAGCUCGUGUUGCAAACUACCCAGAGAGCUCCUCUAUAUCUCAAACACAGGAUGUCAACACAACUGGUGCCAAACCUCUGCAGAAGUGGCCAUCAGUGCCACAAGGCGUCCCUCUCUGAGGUGGCUCCAUUGGCCGAGGGCCCUCAGGCUGCCUGUACGGUGGGUGUUUCUGUGGUUUCUGACAUCCAGUGCUGCCCCCUUGUGCCUCCUGUUUCGCUUGAUGUGGCUGCUCAGAAAGCCAUAGAGGGCCCUCAGCAGCCCGUGGCCCACACCAGCAGCCCCAGCGCAGAGCCGCCCGUGAGCCAGACCCAGCCUGUGGUGCUGCAGCAGCCCACUCCAAAGGCUUCUGUCACCAGCGGCCAAUCGCCUCAGAGCCCCACCCAUCAGCCUCAGAGCCCCACCCAUCUGCCCCAGAGCCCCGCCCAUCAGCCUCAGAGCCCCGCCCAUCAGCCUCAGAGCCCCACCCAUCCGCCCCAGAGCCCCACCCAUGAGCUCCAGAAUGCCCCGCAGGUGCAGCCGGGCGAAUCAGAUGGGGAAGGGCCGCCAAGGCUGGAUUUUGCAGACAGAACCAUAAAGACUCUGGAUGAGAAACUGCGAAACCUUUUGUACCAAGAGUACCACCCAUCGCAAACCCCAAGCUCAGCCUCUGAGCCACCCGGAUCACCUCCGCUGUCCGACAGCCAAGGCAGUGAUGGAGCCGUGAGGAACGCAGAAACACUGCCUCAGAUCCCAGAGAGGUCUGAUAGUCUCGGGACCUUGAGUGAUUCUGCUGUUGCUCCCUUCAAAAGACAUCUGACCAGAAAAGACUCCGAGGCCGCUUCUACUACACACACAUCUAAGAGCCACUUCCAGAUUGUGCCGACAGAUUCAGAUGUGUCUUCUCAUGAUGGUGGAGGAGAUCAUGUGAUUGAUUUUGAGUCUGCUUCUGUUCCUACAACUGAGAACGGACACAGAUCCACAUCAAAGUCACAAAGCAACCGUUACUCAGCACCUCCUGACUUAUAUCAGGACACAACUACUUCCUUUCCAGAGGCCAGACCCACAAUGGCGUGCGCUCAGAGCUCACUGUCAGCGGACGGGACAGUGCAGUGCCUGUCCUCUGACACAGGAGAGGAGGAUCAGAGCGAGACUACAUCUGUUAAACCCACAUCUCCAGCUCCUGCCCUGUCAGAGUGCAGCGGCGGGGACUUCAUGAAGCGGGCGGUGGCGUUCCUCCGGCACUCGGGUCACAGCAGCAGUGUCCAAAGCUCCGACUCGCCCCCUUGCCCUCUGGUGAACGGACACGCCCCAUCCGUUACUGGCCACGCCCACUCUGCUUACAUCAGCAGUGAUAAUGACUCUGAAUUUGAGGACGCUGAUAUGAAACGAGAGCUGCAGAAGCUGAGAGAGAAGCACAUGAAGGAGAUCUCUGAGCUUCAGGCUCAUCAGAGAGGAGAGAUCGAGCAGUUGUACUCUCGGUUAGGUCGACCUGUUCCACCCAGCGUGGGCUUCUUGCAUGCAGUGCCACCUACAGGCCGCCGCCGCAGAGCCUCCAAACACAAGCUGAAGGGAAGCCGACUGCUCAAUCCCAUGGUGCAACAGCUUAGGAACAACCGAAGCAACAAACUCUAUGUCAACCAUCUGUGUUCUCCUGUAGCUGAGACGUGCUCCAGUGUGUCGGGGUCUCCGGUCAAGAGCUCGGUUCUGGGUAACAGCUCUGUGGGUUCCAGCACAGCCACGCUGAGCCCCGUGUCAGAACCGCUGGAGCCGGUCCAGACUCAGCAGCCCUGCUCAUUUAAGGGCUCUCUGUCCUCUGACAACAUCUACGGGCCCACCACACACACAGCACCCCGACAAGGCUGGACUGUAUACCACCAAACAUCUGAGCGAGUCACCUAUAAAUCUAGUAGCAAACCACGCACUAGAUUCCUCAGUGUGCCCGUGUCUAUGUCCAUCUGGUCCACUCUGAAACGGCUAUGUCUAGGGAAAGAGCGCAGCAGUAGGUCUCACAGUACUGGUGCUGCCCAUGUGACUUCAGCAUCCAAUCAGAACCUGCCUCCCGCAGCCAUGCCUGCUUCAUCCUCUCGGCCAAUCACGGCGCUGGUUCAGGCUCAAGCAAACAACAGCAACAACAAAAGCGGGACCUUCACCGAUGACCUACACAAGCUGGUUGAUGAUUGGGCAAAAGAAACUCUUGCCUCCGCCCCUCAGCUCCGCCCCUCUGUGUGUCAGAUCAGACCACAGAGAUCUCAUCAGACCUUCCAGAUCCACCCCACUCCAAUGGCCAGGGUCCCCAAUCAGAUAAGGGGAUCAAUCCCUCAGGCAGCUGUGAAGUUCCAUCUACCACUGUCCUGUCCGCUGUCAGCAGCUCUGGGUCCCAUCAUGCCUCGUGGCAUCACCAGCACCCCAUCACCCGUCCUCCAGCAGGGCGGAUACUUGAUGCCCACCGCCCCCUUUGCUGGGAUGAUGCCAGCACCUGUGUAUCCAAACCAGUGGUCCGGUUUGCCCAGUCCAGUGGGCAUGUUUGUCACGGCCGGUAUGGUCCCGUACCCAGCCAUGGCCAGCCCAGCACUGCAGACUUUUCCUCUGGUGGUGAAAAGCCCAGACACCCCUUUGUGCCCCAGCAAAGCCAGGACCGCAUAAGAGUGCCACCCUGUGUUCCAAACACAGCAACAUACACUGUUUUUUGCGUAAAGCUAAUCAGUGCACACUUGCAGAAGGGUAAUCAUGCAAACUCAACACAACUGAUUACAAGUCAAGUCACCUUUAUUUGUAUAGCACUUUAUACAAUACUUGUUGUGUCAAAGCAGCUUUACAGAGACAAACUACAGGAAAAUAGUUUGUCAAUGAUGCAAGAAGACAGUAACAGAGUCACUGUUCAGCUAAAGUCAGAUUACAGACACAUACAGGACAUUUUCUCCUUCACAGCGGGAGCUCCUGCAACACUAUAAAACGUUUUUAAUUUGGCUUCAGGAUCAAACCACAAUCUCUGUGUGUUUUAAAUCACUGUUGGAGUAUAGAAGCAUCUGUACAAAGCCUUUGAGCCUGUAAAUAUGUGGGUAUGUGUGGAAUUGUGCAUGAGGAGUGUGUUUAUGUGCCUGUGGGCACUCAAGGGGAAUUUUAUUUGUUUAAGACUUUAGCUCUUAAAUUUGAAUCUGUAUUGAGGUGUGUUAGUGAAGGGUUUGCCUGAGAGUACUGCAGGACCAUGGCCUUCAAUUCUACUGCCAUGAAGUAUAAUUUUAUAAUAAUUUUCCCCAUAAAUCAACAUAUUGUGAGUGACCAACCUGCGGAAACACGGGCAAGCAGCUCUUAGAGCUAUAGACAUUAUAUAAAACACAAGCAGACAAAAUGUAGUCAUUCUUAUGGCAAUGUAAGAAUAGAAUUGAAAUUCAUGCUGCUUGUGUUUUAUAAAAGAGGCCAAUACUCAGUUUAAAGUUUUUUUUUUGAGUGGCUUUCAUUGGCUGUUUACAGAAUUAUCCAGCAUUUUAAAAAUAUUUCAGACCACAGGACAACAUCCCUAGAUGAAAAUGAAUAAUUCAGGAUGAUGUAGUGCCUUGACCAGUCAUCAGUUUUCCCUCGAAAGGUCUGAAUCACUUCUGAGGAAAAGCCAUUCCUCUGUGGAUUAGCAAGAUUUUCCUUCUGUUCCUAAUGCAAUAGUAUUUUUUUUUAAUAAUCCUUUUUUUUUCAGUCACGUGGUGGUUUACAUAUUUACAGUCCCAUUUGCUGAAGCGAGUUUUCAAUCAAUAAAUUUGACGUAAUAAUUUUAAGUUUAAAUUGGAUCAAGUCUGUGCAGAUUGAUAAAUGAAUGCAGUUCCAGCUGUUGAUGCUUGGGUUUCUGAUCGUUGUACUGCAUUCAUAAGCAAUACUGCACAGCCAUACUGUACUACAGCUGUACCAAGCACAGAGGAAAUGAAUAACUCGUUUACAUUGCGAUGAUGUGAUGUACAAUGCAUGCCAUCAAAGCAUCGCACAUACCAAAAUACACAAUUAAGAAUUGCAAUCUAAAUGUAUUGAGGUGCAUUUUUAUUUGUGCUUGUGGUCAGAAGCCCUCCCUCUUUAGAGUGUAACACAGGGACUGAAUGCAGGCUUGACUUUGUGUACACAAGUUCACUUACUAUUUUAUCAAAUCUAUGAUCUUUAUUUGCUUUGAAUAGAGGCUGAGGUUGUUGCUGUUUUUUUUCUCCAUUGGCUCUAUUCUGAGCUCUUGCAUAGUGUCAGUGAUGUUGAGUUAUUUUUUUUAUUUCUUUUAGGAGGGCAGUGCAAUUGUUAGUUGUGAUUCAUAUUUAUUGUUUUGUUGUUGUUUCAUAAAAGUGAUCCAAUAUGGAAGAAAAUACAAGUAAUUAAAUAUAAGCUCGCACAAAUACACAUGUACAAAACGUAUCUGUUUCCAGAACCCACAUCCCAAUA